CCCAGGACGGCCUCCUCCUCCUCCUCUCCCCUCCCCUCCCGCCGCCUGCGCCGAUCUCCCGCGAGCAGGGGCGCUGUCCUCCUUCAUCCUCACCGGUUUGAACUGAUCAUCAUGGUGAAAGGAAAUGCAGAGAAAGAUGAUGGCAUUCAUGAAUGCCAAUCGAUUUCUGAUAUUUCAGAAGAUAACUUGAGGCACAAUUUCCGAUUAGGAGACAUUGCAUGGGUUAAGCACAAUGGCUCAUGGUGGCCAGCACAGGUCGUUGAUAAUUCAUGUAUCAACAGCAAGCGUAAGAAGGCAACCAAAUAUCAUGUUCCAGUUCGUUUGUAUGGCACAUGUGUAUACUUGUAUGUAGAUCCUUGGAAGUACAACAUGGAAUUCAAAAUGAUGCUGAAGCGAGAGAAUAAAAGUGCAAUGGAAGCAUUCCAUGAGGUCUUUAAGAAGGAGCUGUCCUAUGUUAACCCACCUUGCAAUUCUACCGAAGAAGCUGCCAACUUGAAAGAAAAGACCUCUUCCAAGAAAGUCAGAAAGCAAAAGAGCCUAAAGGAAUCACCAGCCACUAAACAUAUGGGAGAAGAUACAAGAGAUCAACAUAGUGCAGAGCAGCACCAAGAACUUGGGUAUACUGCAACAACUGGAGUUGCCACUCGCAAAGGAAGAAGAAUGCGAGAACGUUUAAGUCCUGAUGGUGAAGGUCAAACCAGUGGUAAAAAAGCUUCUAUUGAGGGUUCAAGUUAUAAGUCAGAAAAACAAGUUGAUUCUGAAUAUGAUGAGGAGCCUUAUAAGAUGAUGACAGGAGGGAGUUCAGUGGCUAGAAGGGAAGGACUGAGACAAUCUGCUCGCAAACCCAUGAAAGCGUAUUUAGAUCCAUUGGAAGAUAGAACAUCACCGCUCAGUGAUACAAGUGCAAGUGAAGAUGCAAAUGUAGUGGAUAGAACACCAGAGAGUUCAAAUCAGCACGAAGAUGGUUCAACGGUAGAUGGAACUUCGGCUUCUCAUGCAGAAAUAAAGGCUAUGGUUAGGGAUAUACUGUUCAGUGACAUUAUUGCCAAGCAGCAUGCUGCUGAAAUGGCAUUUGUAGAUGAAGUGAUCAAUGGAAUUUGUGGUACUAGUGAACUAAACAUAACUGGUGAUAAUGCCGCUGUUACAGAGGGUGGGCGAGGCGUCAAACGAAGAGGUAGUAGGGUGGAGGCCAAGUGCAGCAACCUUACGCAGAGAUCUAGAAAAGGGCAAACAGAUCAAGGAGGUACCAAUGGAAAGAAAAGAGCCAAGGACACCCAACAAACCAUGAAUCUUGGCAGCUGGGAGAUUGGCAAUUCAGACUCUUUGAAAGGGGCUUUUGAUAGUACUAGCAGGGAUGCAGCGAUGGAGGAACUGGGGCAACUUAGUGCGCGCCAAAUCAGGAUUAUGCAGAGUCUCGCACUGAUUGCUCCAUCAGGAUCCCCGUUUGGCAAAAAUGGACCGUUUGCAUCAACCCAUCGAUAAUUCUGAUUUACUUCCAAUGUUCUUGAAAGGUUCAGAGCAGUACUUCUUAACAUUUUGCAGUCCUUGGUUCCGCGGCAUUUUGGAUACAGAGAACCAAAAGCGAUCACAAUUUAUUAACUCGAAGCCGUACACCUUACCGGCUGUUCGCUCAGGUUUUUUUUGGGGUACCUCACGUCGCUGCGUGGUCUACUAGAAUGUGGUGCGGUUGCUUUUCUCCGCACAAGAAUCGACUGAAUUUAACUGGGGGUUAAUUGUUAAGCACAGCAUUGUAUCUGUAAGGCCACAAGAUGGUCCAAGUAUGGUUGGUGCCAAUUGAACUCAGGCAUGAUACAGCCCUAAUAUUAAGUUACUAGUAGUACUUAGUCUCUAAUUAAUGUAUCCUCCUUGUCUUCAGAUAUCAGAAUGCACUACCGUUUGAACGA